ACUCGGCGCAGCCGCACCCAAAGGCUCUGGGACGGGGGCGUCACCCUGACCCCGGCCGAUUCUACACCCGGGCUCCGAGGCUAUGGCCGGGAGCGGGUGGCUGGCACUGAGAACGUUGCCCGGGCCUAGCUGGGUGCGGGGCUCGGGCCCGGCCGUGCUGAGCCGCCUGCGGGACGCAGCUGUGGUACGGCCCGGUUUCCUGAGCGCGGCUGAGGAAGAGACGCUGAGCCGCGAGGUUGAGCCCGAGCUGCGCCGCCGCCGCUACGAAUUCGACCACUGGGACGCGGCCAUCCACGGCUUCCGAGAGACAGAGAAGUCGCGCUGGUCAGAGGCAAGCCGGGCCAUCCUGCAGCGUGUGCAGGCGGCUGCCUUUGUUCCUGGCCAGACCUUGCUGUCCUCGGUGCACGUGCUGGACCUGGAACCUCGGGGCUACAUCAAGCCACACGUGGACAGUGUCAAGUUCUGCGGAGCCACCAUCGCUGGCCUGUCACUGCUAUCUCCGAGUGUCAUGCGGCUGGUACACACCCAGGAGCCGGGAGAGUGGCUAGAACUCUUACUGGAGCCAGGCUCCCUGUACAUCCUUAGAGACUCAGCGCGUUAUGACUUCUCCCAUGAGAUCCUUCGGGAUGAAGAGUCCUUUUUUGGGGAACGUCGGGUUCCGCGGGGCCGUCGCAUCUCUGUGAUCUGCCGCUCCCUCCCUGAGGGGAUGGGGCCAGGGGAGCCCGGGAAGCCUUCCCCAGCCUGCUGACCCCCAGGCUCUUCCCCCAGCUUCUCAGAGACACUGUUUGUGAAUAAAGCUAGUGAAUGGAC